ACCACAGUGGACACUGACGUUAACAAUUAUUUGCCAAUUAUAUCAGCUGUCUCAGAUUACUUGGUCUGACAAGUCGCAAAACCAUUUGUGCUGCUGAGUAAGAAAUAAGUAAUGCGUGAGUAAUGUAUGAAACGGUACAAGAAGUAGUCGAAGAAACUUAUAAAACAAUCAAUUUUUUAUGAUUAACGUUUCAAAUAUACGAUUUGAUUGACUACACACACAACGAUUAUUCGUUCUAAAUCCCCCGCUUGACCAGUGUAUUCUUCCACAAGAGUGGGAGACAAGUGAAGAGAAGUAAAUAGACAGCGUAUUUGAUGUUUAGUUUGAAACAGAAAGUCACGCAGUGACAAGUGUAUUCGAUUGGCGGUUAGUGAGCAGUAUCAGUAUCGAUUAGAAAGUGUUCGUGUGACAAUGUGAUUUAAAGAUCAUUAUUGACAAUUUAGCUUUCGAUAGUACUUUUUAACGUUAAUAAUUUAUAGUAAACCGUGUGAGAAAUCGUUCCCCUGGAUUAUGACAGAAAAUAAAAAAAAUGACAUUAAAGGACAAGCUCCAGAUGGUGGCUGGGGUUGGUUCGUUUGUCUUGGAAGCAGUCUAAUUACGCUCUCUUUGCGAUCCUUGGAUCCAUCAUUCGGAUUACUAUUUAAAGAUCUGUUGGAGGAUCUUAAUGUCGACUCCACAUGGACAUCAAUUAUAAUGGGCGUUUUAGAUGCCAUUGUCAAUUUUUCAGGUUUUUUAAUUGGUCCAUUAUUAAAAAAAUAUUCUUACCGACAAGUCGCAUUUUUUGGAUCUUUGUUAAGCUGCUGUGGUUUAAUAAUUACAUCGCAAGCUAAUAGUAUACCAUAUAUUAUUUGCUCUUAUAGUGUAUUAGGAGGUCUAGGUACUGGCCUUGCCACGGCUUCUUCCUUCGUCGCAUUAAAUACGUUUUUUGACAAAAAACGUGGACAAGCAGUAGGCUUUUCCAUGGCAGGGAACGCGUUGGCAAUGAUGUUCGUACCGUUGUUAAUACAUAUGCUGCUGAACAUAUAUGGAUUUCGUGGCACAAUUCUUAUCGCUGGGGGAUGGGCAUUACAUUCUUUAGUGGGAUCAUGUUUGUUACGUCCACUUAAAAAACGAUCGCAGGCACCACCAGUCGAGAAAAAGUCUGAUGAAAAACGAGAGAAUGAAGCCUUAUUAAUGAAAUCGGUUCAUACUGAAGCACGAAGGAUGUCAAAUGGGUCAAUGUGGACCAAAGAUCAAAUCGCAGACAUUGAAACAAUCUCACCCCAAAAGAAGUCGUUUAUGAACAAGUUAAAAACAUGUUUUGACUUGGAUCUUCUCAAAAAUUCCAUUUACUUAAAUGUCGCUUUAGGUUGCAGCUUUUUUUACGUGGCUGAGUCAAACUAUAAAUUAAUGACUCCUUUCUUUCUCUCGGAUCUUGGAAUGAAACAAGCGGAGGUAGCCUUUUGUCUGUCCCUGACUGCAUUCGCCGAUAUCCUCGCUAGGCUGCUGUUGCCAACAUUAUUCGACAAAUUCGGUUGGAAAAAACGCAUAAUUUUUUGGAUUUCCAGCUUCCUCGUUGGAAUCACACGCUCCAUAUUAGCGGAACAAUCAGAAAAAGCACCGUUGAUUGUCACAUUAGUAAUAGCUGGAUUUUUACGUGGCGCUACGUUGGUGAAUUUAAAUCUCUGCAUAUCCGAAUGUUGUACUUUGAAGAAGCUACCAAGUGCAUUUGGAAUUUUUAUGGUGAUUAAAGGCUUAUGCGUAAUCACUAUGAGUCCUUUAAUUGGAUACAUCAGAGAUGUCAGCGGUAGCUACAAAAUCUGUCUUCACGUGAUGACUGCCAUGAUACUUGUCACAUCUGUCGUGUGGAGUAUUGAAUUUUUUUAUCGUGUCUUUUGUAGACAACUUGCUAUUGUUAAGAAAUUACAACAGAAUGCAAAUGGAUCAAAAAUAGCAACUGAUACGAUUGAUAGAAUGGCAAGUGAUAUGACAGAUCGGGGCUGGGCAUGGAUGAUUGUCGUCGGCGUGACUGUUAUCAAUCUAGCCGUACUCCCAGUCCAGCAAUGUUUCGGCCUUAUCUUCGCAGAACGUUUCGCAAGUCUCAGCAUCACUGCGACGCAAACGAGUCUAAUUCUUCAUCUUAAUGGAACAAUAACAUGCAGUCUCGGUCUUAUAAGCGGUCCAAUGAUGAAGAGAUUCGCUUUUCGCCAGGUCGCGUAUUUCGGCAGUCUGACAGUCGUCAUCGGAAUCUGCGCCGCUGCCUUUGCCGUAUCUCUCCCGACUCUUAUUAUCACUUACUGCGUUAUCAUUGGUAUCGGCCAAGGAAUUCUUUUUCCAGCGACAACAUUAGCUCUGAACACAUAUUUCCGCAAGAAACGCAAUGUAGCUAUGGGUUUUUCAGUUACAUUAACUGGUCUGGGUCCUAUCUUAAUGCCCUUUUUAAUAGACGUACUUCUCGAGAAUUUUGCCACGACCGGCACUCUCCUGACCCUUGCUGGAAUCGCCUCACAUUCUCUAAUUGGUGCAUCGUUAUUAAAACCGUUUGGAAAGCAGAAAGAGCAGAGUGUUCUGAUAGACAAAACUACUAAUAUACCGAAAGAGGAAAAUUCAUGUAUUGAUGAGACAAAUGUAGAAAAUAACGCUGUUCAAUGCCGAUUAUUAAAUAAAAGGAAUGCUGAAAAGGAAAGAGAACCGAACCAUCGUCCAGACAAUAGCGAAACAGAAGUGAAAAGAAAUAGACAAACUUCGUUUCUUAAAAAAAUUGUUACAAACAUGGAUCUCGAUCUUCUUCGUGAUAAUCGUUAUAUAGCGAUAGUAUUAGGUAUGAGCAUCUCGUUGGUGGCCGAAACAAAUUUCAACGCAACGAUACCUUUCGUCCUAGCCGAAUUGGCGAAUCUCGACAGAACGUCGAUAGCUACAGUAAUGUCAAUUCAAGCUGCCGCGGACAUUACUGGGCGCCUUUGCGUACCGUUGUUGGCACAAAAAACUGGCUGGACCUGCAGGAAUCUUUAUGUGCUAUCUCUGCUGGGAUCAACCUUUGGAAGGACUAUUCUAUCGAUAUGGGGUAAUACUUACGUCGUUGUAAUCGGAGUAGCCCUGAUCAUCGGAUUGGCGAAGGGAACCAAAGCUGUCUUUCAAGCUCUAAUCAUUCCUGAUUACGUACCAUUGGAGAGGUUGCCGGCUGCAUCCGGUAUUCAGAUGGUUUGUAAUGGCAUCCUGUCUAUCAGCAUAGGACCAAUUAUCGGUCUAGUGCAUGAUUCAACAAAUAGUUAUGUGGGUGCGCUUUAUUUCACAUCCUUUCUUAGCCUAUCCUGUGUCUUCCUGUGGUUGAUAGAUGGACUAUGGGCUUUUCGUAGAAAUACGUUGAAUGAGCAAAAUCCCCCCGCACCAGAGGAACAAUAAAAUUUUCACAAAAAUACGUAAUUGAUUAAUUU